AUGGCUUACAACAGACCUUACAACCCCGAUGAAUUGCCAAGAUUCGCAGAACCUGAGCCGAAGGGCGGCGCACCACAUUCAUCAGCUCCUCGAUACGAUUCGAGACCACAGCCCCCGGUUCCUAGCCCACGACACGAUUCCAUUCCUCCUCGACGCACCGACACAGGACGCCUAACUCCCACCAGUUACGGUCCAGGUCCUGCUGCACAUUCAGGAGGCUACAGUAACAACGCUCAUAGCAACAGCUACGAUAACUACAAGUACAGACCUAACCCUAGCUCCACCAUGUCGCCGCCACCUACUACCUCCGGACCACGCCCUGUCGCCCAAACCCGCCCACCCGCUUCAAGUCGGCCGCCCCCUUCACCUGGCCCGCCGGAAGGUGGUGCCGAUCCCACGUUGCUGCCGCUGUUCAGAGCGGUUGACAAGGAUGGUGGUGGUCAACUCUCCGAGAAGGAACUCUCAGCUGCUCUUGUAAACGGGGACUGGACAGCGUUCGACUCGCAGACAGUGCGUAUGAUGAUACGCAUGUUCGACAGCGACCGAUCCGGCACCAUCGGAUUCGAGGAAUUCUGCGGCCUCUGGUCCUUCCUAGCAUCGUGGCGUGCGUUAUUCGACCGCUUCGACGCUGACCGCAGUGGUAACAUCAGCCUCGACGAAUUCAGCAACGCCCUCGUCGCCUUCCGGUAUCGCCUCAGCCCCGGAUUCGUCGACCUGCUCUUCCGCACAUAUGAUAAGCGAAACGAGGGCGUCAUGAGCUUCGAUCUCUUUGUCCAGGCGUGCAUCAGUCUCAAGCGUAUGACGGACGUAUUCAAGAAGUACGAUGAGGACAGGGAUGGGUAUAUCACGCUAAGCUUCGAGGACUUCCUCGUCGAGAUUCUGAAGCAGCUUAAGUAG